UUUUUUCCAGCCAAUACAAACCAAAGACCACGAGAAAACACAAACUUGGGGAGUUUAAACUUUCCUGUGCACCUAAAGCAAACAUUUAUUUGUUUAUUUUUAAUUCCCCUGCCUAAGCACCUCAGGCAACAACAUGCACCUCUGGUCAGCAGAAGUCGAUUGCGCUAUUUUUGUUACAAGUAUUUGCCACUGAAGACUUGUCCUCCCCUGGAGCGUGGUCAAGGCAGGGUCCAAAGGGACAGCACCCCAUACGGACAGGGAAGGAGAGGGGUGCCCGGGCGAGGCGAGGUCCCUUCCAGCCAGGGUGCGCCGAGGUGGGUGCGGGUGCCGUUCUGAGCACAAGUUGAAAUGUCGAGGCACAUUUUGUGAUUAUACUUUCUCUCUCCUGUUUAAUGGCUCCUCCUGUUACUCCCGAUACAUCAACACGGUUCUGUAUAUUAUAUCACCACUAGUCGUUAAGGUAAGAAUGAAGAGGAAAGGCAGAGUCAAUAGCAAACCCCACUCACUGUACAGUACAGUAAAUAGGGACCUCUCUGUGCAGAGCCACACCGCUUCCAACGGCCAUGUUUGUUAGCCCUUUCCCCUGAUUCUUUUUUCCUUUUUUUUCCCUCUCCUUCCCCCCAAGCCUAGAGACCAAAAUAAUCUGGGUAGGAACAGUCAUAACAGGCAGAAUUUCAAAGUGCAAGGAAGAUGAUAAGAAUAGAUUUCUACAAGUCCUGACCACGUGAUUUGCGAAAUAAUUAAUUCAGCACGUCCCUUAAGAAACACGGAGUCGUCAUUAAUCUGCCAAGCAAAGGACUCUAUCAGACUUGAAAACUGAAGAGAUCCCAAGAAUAUAAUAUACAAAGGGUGCAGUCCCUCUCUCUGCACACCUAGCUCUUUGCUAGCUGCCGAAAAAGAGACGCCCGGUCCGUGCCCACGGAUUAUCCAAAGGAACCUGAAGAUCCUACCCACACAGUUAAAGUCAAAAAUCAAGAGAAAACAUAAGUGUGGUGGAUACGAGUGGCCCGGGCCGACAACGUGAGGCGCGGGGCGGCGGUCAAUGUUAUUUGAGCGGGGGCCGCGGGCCUCGGCGAUCGCAGAGCGGAGGAUGCAGAAAGCUGCUUACUACGACAACGCGGGGCUCUUCGGGGGCUACAGCUACAGCAAGGCCGACGCCUACCCCUACGGCGGGACACACCAGUCCUACGGCCAGGCUGGCCUGGACGGCGAGUACCCCGGUUCCGCCUGCUCCGUCCAGGGCUCGGCUCCCGGCCGUGCCCCGGCCCACAAGGGCAGCGAGCUGAGCGGCAGCUGCAUGCGGACGGCGGGGGGCGGCCCAGGGGGCAGCCAGCCCUCGGGCAUCGGCGAACAGCAGCCCCCGGCGCUGCCGCCCUCCUCCCCGCCCAACCCCCCUCCCAGCGCGCCCCCUCCGAAAAAGACCAAGGGAGGCCCCAACUCCUCGGGAUCGACCACCGCCACCCUCAGCAAGCAGAUAUUCCCCUGGAUGAAGGAGUCCCGGCAGAACUCCAAGCAGAAAAGCACCUGCGCCCCUUCAGGAGAAAGCUGUGAGGACAAGAGCCCCCCCGGGCCGGCCUCCAAGCGGGUGCGCACAGCCUACACCAGCGCGCAGCUGGUGGAGCUGGAGAAGGAGUUUCACUUCAACCGCUAUCUGUGCCGGCCGCGCCGAGUGGAGAUGGCCAACCUUCUCAACCUGACAGAGCGGCAGAUCAAGAUCUGGUUCCAGAACCGCCGGAUGAAGUACAAAAAGGACCAGAAAGCCAAAGGCAUCAUGCACUCUCCCGUCGGACAGUCCCCUGACCGAAGCCCCCCCCUGAGCGGCACAAACCACGUCGGCUACUCCAGCCAGCUCCCCAGCGUCAACAGCCUCAGCUACGACGCGCCCUCGCCCACCUCUUUCGCCAAGUCCCAGCAGAGCAUGUAUGGGCUGGCCGCCUACACGGCGCCGCUGAGCAGCUGCCUGCCGCAGCAGAAGCGCUACGCGGGUGCGGAGUACGACCCCCACCCCAUGCAGAGCGGCGGCGGCGGUUUCGCCAACCCCAGCCUGCAGGGCAGCCCCGUCUACGUGGGGGGCAACUUCGUGGACUCGAUGCCGGCCUCGGGCCCCAUGUUCAACCUGGGGCACCUGCAGCACCCCUCCUCCGCCAGCGUGGACUACAGCUGCGCCGCCCAGAUCCCCGGCGGCCAUCACCACGGACCUUGCGACCCCCACCCCACCUACACGGACCUCUCCUCCCACCACAGCUCUCAGGGACGGAUGCAGGAGGCACCCAAGCUCACGCAUCUGUAGCGGGGCGGCGGGCGGCGGGGCCCGCUCCCCUCUCCAUUACCUCACUUUUCUGACGGGACAGUUACUUUGCUCUCGAGUGCCAACAGUGUUAGUGGAUUUGUCUCCCCUAGCAGCUCCCUUCUUCCUUCCGCAGCCCCGGGUAGCUCCGCGAGCAAGAGCCUUUCUCUUAGAGCUGUGUUUAAGCAUGACAGUGCAAUAUACUGCAAACCGAGGGACUGGUAAACUGGUAAUGAUGUACUUGAAGGUAAGUCUUAGAGAUGCCGUAGUGUUAGCAGCGCGUCAUGCUGAGGUGUUUUAGAGCAGGGGUGAGCAGUGGGAACUCGCCCGCGCGUAAACUUAUUCCAGAGAAGUUAAUUUAUGAAUUCUUCCGUAACGUAAGGAUCGCAUUGGACUUAACGAUAUGUAUUUAUUAUUUUAAGCGAGACAUUUUUGUAUCACUGAUUAUUUAUCCUCGUCUUAAUGUAUUUAUGUGGGUAUUUGUAGAGUUCCUUCACCAAUACUUCGGGAGAGCGAUUCAGGUCCGUGGUGACUGACAUUUCACCUAUUUAGUAUAUUCGGUCUGAGCUAGUUGAGAGAGUAGUCUUGAACAGUUGUAACAGUGGCUGGUGUUCGUAGUUUAUGUAAGGAUUAAUUAAGACAGCAAGUCGUAAGUCAUGAAUAGAGUAAAACAAACUGUGGCAUCACACAAAAGAGCCGUUACACUUAAAAAAAAAUUAAUAGUAUCGGAGUUAUUUUAAAAGUAUUU